CAGUGCUAUAUCUUGUGGUUGGUUUAGGAAAUAAGUUAGUGUGCGGUAGAACCCACGAAGUAUACUUGACCUGUUAUCAUCUGUCUUCAACUACUAGUUAUUAAAGCCUAAUAACUACAAGCCUGUCUCCGACUCAUCUUGGGGAACGUUACACCAGUAAUUCAAAUCUCUUAAAACAUCUGCAAAAACAACAUGCUGGGACGAAGCUAGUAGCUAAGACCACAGAGACUCAGCCGAUGCGCCACUCCACCUCCAACAGCGGCUGGAUUUUAACCAAAGGACUGCUAUCCAGGGAAAAGUCGAUAAAGCCAUUGCACGAACACUCAGCCAUCCAUGAGUGGGACCAACUCCUCUGCCUAUCGAUCGGAGCGUAGUUUUCACCAGACUUCAUCUUCAUCCUCAUCUUCUAGUAACCCAUACAUGGAGAAGAGCCGGGGACUGUUUGCCGAGGACUUUGGCUCCUUCAUGAGGCCUGGGAGUGACGCUCUGGGGUUUUCCAGUAGCUCUGGAAAUAUCAAGACUCUUGGGGAUUCGUACCAGUUCACAGUUGACGUGCGAGACUUCUCCCCUGAAGAUGUCAUCGUCACCACAUCCAACAACCAGAUUGAAGUUCAUGCGGAAAAGUUGGCACAGGAUGGUUCGGUGAUGAACACGUUCACACACAAGUGCCAACUACCUGAGGAUGUGGACCCCACCUCAGUGACAUCAUCACUGGGCGCCGAAGGGACCCUAACAGUCAAAGCACGGCGACUACCGGCCAAACACGAGCUCGUACAGACCUUCCGCACCGAGAUCAAGAUCUAAAGAACUGACCUGCUUUCUCAUCACAAACUUCUCACUUUUUUUGUUCUUAUGCUUCUUCCUUAUUUGCUGUCUUUACUUAAACCAUUCUACUUUAAAAACUCAGCAGAGAGUUGGCACUAUGCUCUAUAAAACAUGCCAGGUCCUCCAUCUCCAUGUCUGCAACAAUGCUGCUCUUGAGUUAGUUCAACAUACACAGCAGCAGUAGGUCAAACCUGCAGGUUCUCACUCACACACACACACACACACACACACACACACACACACACACACACACACACACACACACACACACACACACACACACACCACACACACACACACCACACACACACACACACACGCACACACACACACACACACACACAGUACUUGUGUGUUGUCCUCUAACGCAGUUCUUAAAAAAUGAAGACUCACCUAACAAAUUGAUGGUUACCACGUUAAUAAUCAUUUGUAAUAUAUCACAUUUGUGUGAAUAAAGUAAUCCUGCUUUGACAUAAA